UACUAUCGAUUAAAUUAAAUAUCCAGCUGUGAAUGUAAAUAUUGACUUGGAUUUUAUUAGGUUACAAAUUGCUGAGAUAAAUAAAUUUUAUUAAAUUAAUUAGAGAAUAUAAUUAACAGAAAUUAACAAUGCAAAAUAAUAUAUGUAAUUUUACUUGCAUUGAAUGCAAUAAUCAUUAUGACAAUGAGCACGAUUAUUUGAGUCACAUGCAAUUACAUUGGGGAGAAGUUUGGAAAUGUUUACAGUGUGAUGACAAAUGUACGUUAUUCAGAUCACAACUGUCAUUAAAAGAACACGAGGGCCUGUAUCAUGGUCCAGAUAAACCAUUCAAAUGUUUUAAAUGUGAGUUGGUGUUUGACCGAGCAUCCCAGCUCGAUUAUCAUAUCAGGAGUGUUCAUUUGGGUGAAAAAUCUCAAAUGUGUCAGCUCUGUGGCAAAGGAUUUUUUCGCAAAGCUGACUUAAAAACCCAUUUGAAUGUUCAUCUUGGUACCAAUCAAUGUAUUUGCGAAUUUUGUGGACGUAAAUUCAAUCACAUUUCUAAUUUAAUUCGUCAUCUAAGGACUCAUGAAGGAGUAAAACCAUAUCCAUGUUCUAUUUGUGGUAAAAGAUUCACUCAAGUUAGUUCGUUAGCAAGACAUAAAUUAAUUCAUGAAAGAACUAAUGAAAAUGAAACUGAUGACGAUGAUGCCAUUAAUAAAAAUAAAUUAAGUAAACAAAAACCAAUCAAACGUAAUCAUUAUUGCAAAACGUGUGGUGAUAGUUUUCGAUUGAUGACUCUAUUGAAAGAACAUGAAAAUACUCACAAUCAAAUAAUAGAACCCAUUAAAACUUAUCAGGUUUUACAAGGAUCAGAAAUUCUAGAUCAGCAUAACUAUAAAUUAAAUUUACAAAAUCACUGUGAUAUUGAUAGGAAUAAAAAUCCGAACAUAAAUACCGAAAAUUUUUUGGAACGUAUUGAUACAGUUCGUGAUGAAAGUAUUGAUAUUUCCGAUAUAUUGAAUCCUUAUUGCAGUGAAUUAGAAUUACCAGCAACAGAUUUAAUGCAACGUGAAAAUGUCGAUCCUGAAAUGACUAAAAAAUUUACAAACUUAGAUAUAUCGACAAGAGAAAUACGUAAUAAUAAUAUUAAUAUAAAUAAUAUGAAUACCUGUGUUCACAUUGAGAGAAAUCAAUUUUUGAUUGAAGUAUGCGAGUCAGAUUAUUUAAAUAAUUUAGGACUUAAUUCAAUGGAGUUAUCGGAUAACAAUAAUUUCAAUAAUAUAAAUUAUUGUGCUGAUAAAUCGUAUACGCAGCCAAUAACUAUUGUCGAUAAGGAUCUAAAUGAUCAGUGGGAUCUACAAUCGCAAGUGCGCAAUGACUUCAUUGGAUUUAAUCACCAGAAUGAUUUGACUGCAGUUGAACUGAAGGGUAACGCAAUCGGUAAUGAAGCCAUUGAUUCAACAGUCAAUUCAGUGUUUGAUCACUUGAAAGAUACGAGUAUUAAUUUAUUAGAAAAUUUACAAUUACAGCCGAUAGAUCAAAACUCUGAAUCUCUUUGUGGGUCUGAUGGUCUUGAUGCUGGUUUCCAUAAUGAAGAAACGCAGACGCAAACACAAACGCCAAUGGUACGUUUGGUACAAAAUGAAGAGGGAGAACAAUUUUUUGAAUUAGUGCGCGAUACAGUAGAUUUUGAAAGUCAUGGAAAUAAUGUACACAUUGAAAAUGAAAACAUGUUUUCGGUAGCAACGAAUGGCCCAGUGAGUUCGUCGAUUAUUGGGAACGUCCGUAAAAGACGAGAUAAACCACGACCGCGUGAUAAAAUUAAAAAAAAAUUCAAAUGCUCUGUUUGUAAUAAAUUGUUUUCGACGGCUUCAAAUUUAAAACAGCAUGCGGGGGUGCAUUUUUCGGAUCAACAAAAAUUUCAGUGUAAAGAGUGUGGAAUUUCUUUUGCCUGGAAGUCGACGCUGAAUAAACAUGUUGCUGGUAAUCAUCGACCCGAUGGACCGCUAAAAUUCGUCUGCGAGAUUUGUCCUAAAGUUUAUAGCACCUUGUCGCAAGUUAAUGAGCAUGUGAAAAGAGAUCAUUUGAAGGAGCGUAAUUUCACUUGUUCGGAGUGUGGAAAAUCGUUUUUCAAAAAGUUUGAUUUAAAGUCUCAUAUACGAACGCACACGAAUGAACGGCCGUAUGCUUGUAAAACUUGCGGUAAAAGUUUUCAUCACCAGAGCCACAUUAUUCGUCAUGAACGUGUACACUCGGGUGAGAGGCCGUACACUUGUGAUAUUUGUCGGAAGAGUUUCACUCAACCUGGGUCACUGAAAGCUCACAACCAACGACAUCAUUUAACUAAAGUUGACAUCCUAGAUUACCAAAUUGAUGAAGAUGAUCCACUGACUUUAAAUGUGUCUUAGCUUGAAUAAUAACAUUUUUAUUUAUUUCUUUUUGAUCUCAUAACGACUAAAAGUGUGUCGUGAAAUUGUUAUUUAAUUUAUUUAUAGAAAUUUUGAUUAAAGUCAAUUUUUUUAAAACAAAAAAAAUUUUAAUAUUUAUUUACUGUA